AUGGUAAUUAGUGCAAGGAAUCUUAAGAUAUACCCGAAGCAGGUGCUUCUAAUCUUGUCCAUAUUGGGCUUAACGGGGCUUUUCAUUAUUAUUUCUGCAGGUGACGGGUCUGCAUUCCAAGAAAUAUACACCAAUACCAACAAAUAUUUCGAGAAAGGUCAUAGUAUUCUGAUCGAUCAAGUGGUAUUAUCACAACAGGAAUUGGAAGAAAAAUUGAUCAAUAAGGAAGUGCAAUAUAGCCGUAGACACAUAAGAUACAUCCCACCGUCAGUUACUAGACAUUUACAAGAAAUCGCAGGAGGGGAAUUAAAUUGGGAAAAAUAUGCAUAUGUGCAAUAUGCAACUAGUUUGGACUACUCAUGUAAUGCCUUGAUGAACUUUGCAAAACUUCGCCAGUACAAUGUUAAAGCCAGAUUAGUUUUAGUUUCCACACCAACAGCAGUUCACAACUUUGUCCCUAGAAUGAAAAAGGUGAUAGAAGAGUUGAAUAUAGAAGUUAAGAUGGUUUCUGAUAUCUAUAUUGAUGGAGAUGAUCCAAAAUGGAGCAGUAGUUUUACAAAGUUUCGCGUUUUCGAAUUGAUCGAUUAUGAACGUGUGGUGUAUUUUGAUAGUGACGCAACUGUGUUGCAAAAUAUGGACGAAUUAUUUUUCAUGCCAGAUGCUGAUGUGAUAUUACCAUUAGCCUAUGAAGAAGCAUUUGGGAAAUUAAGCAAAAGAAUUAAAAAGGAAUUCCCUAAUGAUAAACUUGAAAAGAAGUAUUCAGUAUGUGAGGGGAAGUCCGCCCAAGAAAAGCAAGACUAUGAGGCCACAAUUAUCCGAGAUGCUAAAUUGGAUGCAGUAGAUAAGGGGAUUGAAAUAACCGACAAGCAAUACGCAAGAUUGGUGCAUAAUAGACUUCCAUACUUGGAGUAUGAGAAGGUUGUUGAUGGAUAUUUUUUCGGUAGUCAUUUCAUGGUUAUUAAACCGAGCACAAGAGUAUUCAAUUCUUUAGUUCAACGGGCUAUGCUGAAGAAAUCCAAUGAUUAUGAUAUGGAUCUUAUUAAUGACGAAUUCUCCUUGGCAAACAUCAUAAGGGAGGGGAAUCAAUUGCCAGAUGGACUGCUGUUGGAACAACCAACGUUGUUAAUUCUUCCUCAUAGUCAAUAUGGGAUUUUAAGUGGGAACUUUAGAUUUAAACAAUUUCGGAUAAUUGAAAUGGAUCCAAUUGAUUUUGAAUGCUUUGCUGGUAAGCAAGCUAUGAGAGAGUAUAAAGAAGCAGAAAAGAAACUUGCAGAAGAAUUAAAAAAGGGAGCUGUAAGUGUUUCUGAGAAGAUGAAAAGAGAUGAAGCAGGGGACGAGCAAAAAAAGAAGGAGGAAGAAAUAAAACAAAGGAAAGAGAAUGCUGAAUCUAAAAGAGUUUGGGAGAAUAUAAAGCUAGUUCAUUUUUCAGAUUCACCAGUGCCAAAACCUUGGAAUGUUAGGGAAACGGAUGCCUCUUAUUUGAAGAGUCUUGUUGUUUGCAGAUCCGAUACAAAGAGAUUAAGUUUGUAUCCUCCGGACAAAACGCCAACGUUGGUUUUCGAUUGCGCCGCUAGUGAGUACUGGAAUACAUUGUAUGAACAGUUUGAGGUCGAUAGGAAAGAAAUUUGUGAUCUAGACUUGAUUGGAAAGAAGAAGGUGGUUGCAGAUGAAGCUAAAGUUGAAGGAGAGACUGUGCCAAAAGUCGAAGAAAAGACGAAACCUAAAGUGGAACAGGAAAAUGGAGGAAAAGUGGAAACCAGGAAGAUAUAA